AACUAGUUUAUAGACGGCGGACCUAUCUAUUUUCCCCCACCAAACAUUACUUCCAACGACGAUCCUCUACUUCCUAUUAUUUCAUAGGGCUUCGAUCCUCCUCCACUUUCUAGAUUACGCGCUUGAUUCUUGCAAACCUUCUUUCUCCGCAAAUCUCUUCGCCGGGAUCUGAAUGCCGCUAUAAUAUGAGUAAUUCGGCGGUGGAGGAGGUCGAGCUGUGUAUAAAAUGAGUAAUUCGGCCGGGGUGGAGAUUGAAGAGGAAGAAGAACAGUUCUACGAGUCUCUUGAUCGGGUCCUUUCGUCUUCGUGCUCUUCCACCUCUUCAUCUGAUGAAGACGGCGACUAUAGCCACCACCAGCACCAUCGUCGCCGAUCCCGCUUCCACCUGCCGCAGGCCGUAUCCUUUGACCUAUGGCUUUCUGAGCCGGGCACCGUCGAGGAGCGGCGUCGCCGCUUGCUUCAUCAGAUGGGCCUCACCGGUGACCAUUCGCUCGCGCGAGUGAAGCCCGACGGUGAGGGAGUCGAUGUCGGAACAAGUCAUGUUAGGGAGGGAGAGAUGGGGCGAUCCGUGUCGUGUAAUGGCCUCUGUCCUCGGCAAGACGAGAAUAGUAUUGCCUCUUCUGCCUGCGUUAUCUCCCGCUCCAGAUCCGAUGGCUCUGUUGAACAUGGAGUUGUAAAUAGUCAGCUGCCGGCCGCCGCCGGCAAGCCGCCACUUGUCGUGAGAUCGCGGCCGUCUGUCUGGGGAGACGUUAAGGGUUUUGUCGGGAAUGGCAUUGCUGGAUUUAUCAAAAAAGAGGAUGCGCAGAGGUGCACGAUCAAGGACCUGGACAACGGCACGGAGUUCGUGUUGAAGGAUUUCCGAGAGGACGGGAUGUGGAAUAAGGUUAAGGAAGUGGGGACGGGGAAGCAGUUGACAAUGGAGGAAUUCGAGGUAUGCGUUGGCAGUUCCCCCAUCGUUCAGGAGCUGAUGCGGAGGCAGAACGUGGAGGAGGGAGGAAGAGGUAACGGCGGGUCAGGCGGCCGGCCGAAGGACGGCGUUGGAUUGAGUGGUGGUGGGAGUGCGAAGAGACGGUCAAGCUGGCUAAGGAGUUUAAAGAACGCUGUGACUACAGGGAGUCAGCGGGAUCGUCGCAGCAGCGACGAGAAGGAUACCUCGUCGGAAAAAGGAGGGAGGAGAUCUAGUUCGGCUACCGAUGAUAGUCAGGACAUGCCCCAGUUGCUUCAGCACGGCCCUAAGCGGAUGAAGGUCCGGCAGUACGGGAAGUCACAUAAAGAGCUUACUGGUUUGUACUUGAGCCAGGAGAUUCAUGCUCAUAAUGGAUCCAUCUGGACUAUUAAAUUCAGCUUGGACGGUCGUUACCUGGCUAGUGCUGGAGAGGACUGUGUCAUCCAUGCGUGGCAGGUCUUGGAACACGAGAGAAAGCCGGAUUUGUUGUUGGAUGGAACAGGGGAUGACAAUCUUAAUGGAAAUCCUCUUCCAGCGGCCAGUAGUAAUACUUCUCCAGCAGCUAUACUUCCAGGGCAAUGCACCGAGGGGAGUUCUUGCGAGAAAAAGGGAAGGCCGAAGGAUUUUGGUGGGACGAAGUCUUUCAGCUCAAGGGAUUUGAAGGUGCCAGAGCAGGUAUUUGCUCUCUCGGAGAGGCCAAUUUGCUCCUUCAUUGGUCACCUUGAUGAUGUACUUGAUCUCUCAUGGUCCAAAUCUCAGUAUUUACUCUCUUCUUCCAUGGACAAGACGGUCAGGCUUUGGCACUUGUCUAGUCACUCUUGCUUGAAAGUAUUCUCACAUAGUGACUACGUGACAUGCAUUCAGUUCAAUCCUGUUGAUGAUAGAUACUUCAUUAGUGGUUCUCUAGAUGCAAAAGUCCGCUUAUGGAGUAUCCCACAUAGGCAAAUUGUUGAUUGGACUGAUCUGCAUGAGAUGGUUACUGCUGCUUGCUAUACACCUGAUGGACAGGGUGCCUUAGUUGGUUCACAUAAAGGCAAUUGCCACUUGUAUGAUACGUCCGAUAAUAAGCUGCUGCAGAAGCAUCAAAUUCACUUACAGAACAAGAAAAAGAAGUCAAGUCAUAAGAAAAUUACUGGUUUUCAGUUUGUCCCAGACAGCUCAUCAGAAGUUCUAAUCACAUCUGCUGAUUCACGGAUUAGGGUCGUUGAUGGGAUCAAUCUCAUUCACAAAUUUAAAGGGUUUCGAAACACUAGCAGUCAAAUUUCAGCCUGCUUGACAGAAAAUGGCAAGUAUGUUAUAUGUGCUAGUGAGGACUCUUACGUGUAUGUAUGGAGAAAGGACACUGAUACCCGUCCAAGCAAAAGCAAAAGUGCCAUCUCUAUCACACAAUCCUACGAGUAUUUUAACUCCCAGGAUGUCACAGUUGCAGUUCCCUGGUCAAACACUAGCUCUAGAUCAGUAGCUAUUUCUGUGCCCAAUGGAAGCAACGGCCCCAAUUGCCAAUCAAAACCAAAUAAUAACUUAGAUUUUCUGGAAGAAACUAGUGGCCGAAAUAGUCCCCUCUCCCUAACAUAUCCUGACAAGGUAUUAUCAGCUACUUGGCCUGAGGAGAAGCUUCAUUCAUCCUCUGGCAAACACAGUCGCCAUAGUAGCAGCGAACUUUCCACGGGCGACUCGAUGAUGCAAACUAGCAAGUUAGCUUGGGGAAUGGUGAUUGUGACUGCUAGCCGAGGAGGAGACGUCAGAGUAUACCAAAACUUCGGCUUUCCUGCUCGCACUUGACCAAAGAGCAACAUGAUAGUAGCUCAGACGAGGAAGUAGACUUUCGACGUCAGACUGUCUGUAGUGAGUCACCAACACCACACAAGCUUAUUUGGUCGCUCAAGUACCCAAUUCGGAAAUAUGAGAACUAUUGCAGUAGCCAAAUAGCUUUCAUUGUGAAUUUUCAGGAUUCAGAUCUUCAGUGUAUAGUGAAUGUGCAUGGUGAAAGGGGGGUUGGGGCUAUCUAUUUGCUACGGCAAUUUAUUUAUUUUGAAGAUUGGGGUCUCAGAUCUUUAGGGAUUUUCGAUUUGGGAUAUCCUGUUUGUUUUUUUGUUUCUUAUACAUUUUCAUUUGAGGAGAAAAAAAAAGGAAAUUCAUGCAGCCUUUAAGGGUUUUUUGUUUAGGUUGGGGCUUUAGCAAGGCUGUGCUUAUUUUGUUCAUGUGCUGGGUUUUACCCGGAGGGGAAUAUAGAGAUAUGGUGUAUAGAAAUUUGUAUUAGAAUUGAUCAUUUUCAUAUAUAUAUAUAUUCAUGAACAUUGAGAUAUUAUUUUAAUGGAGAAGAAUAUACGAGGAAAA